GACGGACGGCUUCAAAUGUUUACCUACAAAUAAAGGAAGUAAUCAUAAAAAAAUAUGGAUUUUAACGUUCAUAAAAUAUGUCGGGUGUGUCUAGAGGAAGGCGCGCCAAGUCCACUUACUUCUAUUUAUAGCACAGACUUUGCCAUGAUGCCCUCGCAAAUGUUAAUGAUGUGCUCAAAGAUACGAGUUUAUAAGACAGACGGAUUGCCCGCUGGCAUUUGCAAUAACUGCCUCUAUCGCCUGGGCGUCGCCUAUCACUUUCAGCAGGAGUGCGAAAAUAGCGAUAUGCGUCUGCGUCAAUAUUUAGGACUGCACGAGUCCUGGAGACAUGAUGCAGCCACAAAUACCGAUUUCGUGACCAACGAAAUCAAACCAAUGCCCGCCAAUAUACAACUCAACACCAGCGAUGAGGAGGAGGGCCAAAUGGAGGGAGGCAAGCGCAGUAAACGACGUUCACGUUAUCAGCGCAAACCGCCAGAAAGCCACAAGAAACGCGGACCGAAACCGGUGCCAAAGUUGCCACACACAUGCUAUGUGGCCACGUGCCACAAGAGCUUCAAGUGUGCCGCACAACUGACACAGCAUAUACGCACGCAUACCGGCGAGAAGCCAUACGCCUGCAGCUAUUGUGCCCAGCGCUUUGCGCAGAAAUACAAUCUCAAAGUGCACGAAAGGACGCACACGGGCAACAAGCCAUUUCAGUGCGAGAUCUGCUCAAAGCAGUUUUCAGCACUGGGUAACUUUCAAGCGCACCAGAAAAUACACAGCGGCGUACGCGAUCAAAUCUGUUCCCUAUGCCAGAAGGCCUUCUACACGGCGGGGGAUCUAUCCAAGCACAUGAGCACCCACACGCGCAUUAAAAAUCAUCAUUGCGAUGUUUGUGGCAAGCCCUUCAGUCGACGUCGCGAUAUGCGCACUCACAAGCUCAAGCUGCACCCCCUCGAGUCGAGUACAGACCAUGAUAUUGUUGAUGAUGACGAUGAUGAGCCCAUCGAUACCGAUCCAGUGGGCCUGGACACACUGGAGCAGCAUUCACAUUUCAAGUGUCCCGACUGUGAUAAGGCCUAUGACUCCGCGGAUAGCUUAAGCCUGCAUUUCCGCACCCAUGCUGCGAAUAAUAAUCUGUUGAAUUUGCCACUGCCACCGCCGGCACCGCCACCCAUGUCACAUCACUACCAUCAUCAUCAUCCGGGCGCGGCACCACCAUCAACAGCUGCCAUGCAUCAUCACGAUGCGUUGCAGCUGCAUCAUUUGGCGCCACCAAAUGCUGCCACACAAAUGGGAAUGGCAGCCAUGGCACAUAUGUUGGCUCCACCACCACCGCCACCCCCUACACCCAGUGACGGCCGCUACACCAUGUUGCACCACACGGCGGCGCAACGGUUACACUACUAGAAAUUAAACCCAACUAAUGGAUAACAAUAUAACCAGCUAGGAAUUAAAGUAUGAAAAGAUAUUUAUGUGUUUCUCUCCGUGCUGCUGGAAAUGAAUAACUUUUUCCAAUUUCAAAGUCAUCUCUGCUAAUAAAUAUGAAUAAAG